AUGGCCUUCCCGUUCAUGUCCCACACCCUGAAUGCCUUCCCGGAACCACCCUCUCAAUCUCGACUUUCGUCCCGGUCAUCCACAUCUCUAUCCUCCCGCACGUCCCAUAUCCCCUCUUAUCCCGACUCCCUAUCUCGACCCCAAUCAGCAAUCCCACCCCGGCCUUCCCGUAGCAACUCCUAUUUGGGACUCUGCAAAGGCGCGUGGUCGGUUCAAGAAUCGUUGACUAGUGGCCUCCGCUUGGUCAGUGUCUCAGAAGGGUACUCCCACAGCAAACGGAUCUGGCGGUGUCGCACCUGUGGGUUCAGCGGGCCGGCGGUGCCUAUAAGGUACGGAAAGGGAUGGGGGGUAGAUGAGAGUAUCAAAGAAGUGAAAGUGUUCUUGGAUGAUAUCCAGGGGUUUUUGGGCGGUCUGGAGAGUGAGGCAAGUCAGACCGCAAGUGGGACGAAGGAGGUCACAGCGCGGUAUCGCUGGAUGUUAUUGGUGAAGAGCCAUGUGAAGCAGAAAGCGGCUACAGUUGGAAAGCAUUGCGGAGAGUCUGCUUACAAAUGCUUGCUCUGCUGUGCGGAGGGAAAAGAAACCGAGGGGUAUAAAGAUGUUGAGAUGCUGCUGCGGCAUCUUGUCAGUGCGCAUGGCGAAAGAGGCGGUCCCACGGAAAAGGCAGAGGGAAUUAAUUGCGUGGUUGGGGGAAAGGCGGAUGGAUUAGAGGAUUGGGACGUUAACAUCGUACUGGACGACUGA